AAAAGGAAGGGGGGAAAACCCAUACUCUGUUUACGACCCCUGCCUCUCUGGUGCUCUCCGCCCCAGCCCCCACGUUCAGUUAUGGCUGCUGUCGCCAUCCAGAAGUUAAAUACGGUGGUUUUCCGCUCAUCUACUUCACCCAUCCCCCUCUCCCUCCUUUUCCCUCGUCCUUUAUAACUCUCUUAACCCUACCAUUCUUUCUCUGCAUAGGAAUCCUUCGGCAUCGCAGUCACUCACCCCAAAAUCUCAGCUCUAUAUCAAUCAAUUCAUUACCCCCACCAAAACCCACUUCUCAGUUCUCAACUUCUUCCCCUUUCCCCGCCUCUCCAAUCCAGAUCCAGCUCGAACGAACUCAAUCAAGCUUCCUCCAAUGGAUCUCUGCUUCCUCGACAAGUUAAAAGACCAGCCUUUUUAUCUCCUCCCUCUCUUAAUCUUAGGUUCCCUCACCGCCCUCAAAUUCUCCUUCGCCCUCCUCCAAUGGGUAUACGUUAAUUUCCUCCGCCAGGGCAAGAACCUCAAGAAAUACGGCUCGUGGGCGGUGGUUACCGGAGCUACUGACGGGAUCGGCAAGGGAUUUGCUUUCCAGCUUGCUCGCAAAGGAAUCAAUCUAGUAAUCGUCGGCCGGAACCCCGACAAGCUGAAAGAAGUCUCCGAUUCGAUUACCGCCAAGUAUGGUAAAGUUGAAGUCAAAACGGUGGUGGUCGAUUUCAGUGGGGAUAUCGACAGCGGGGUGACGAGGAUCAAGGAGACGAUUGAAGGGCUUGAUGUCGGAGUUUUGAUUAAUAACGUUGGCGUUUCGUAUCCAUACGCGAGAUUCUUCCACGAGGUGGACGCGGAGCUGCUGAGGAAUUUGAUUAAGGUGAAUGUGGAAGGGACGACUAAAGUGACUCAGGCGGUUUUGCCUGUGAUGUUGAAAAGAAAGAAGGGCGCCAUAGUCAACAUUGGAUCUGGUGCUGCCAUUGUGAUCCCUUCGGAUCCUCUCUAUGCUGUUUAUGCUGCUACUAAAGCGUACAUUGAUCAGUUCUCGAGAUGCCUUUAUGUUGAGUACAAGAAGAGUGGGAUUGAUGUGCAAUGCCAGGUAUUACCAUCAUCGAAUUCUCGAACUUGGAACUUUAGGGAUUUAAGCUUUGCACGUUGCAUAGUGCACAUUGCACAAGUUUAAGUUUGGAACUUGAAGGGGUUGAAUCGAUUGCCUGCUUUAUAAAGAGCUUAAGGAAGAAUCAUUAUGAUACAUUUUCUUGCAUGUUGAAGUGUUUAAUAUGCUACUGGGAGGUGCACGCGUAGAUUAGGAGGAGGGAAACUGCAAUCUGUGUUGAUGAUUAGGUGAAAUGAGGGUUAGGAAGUAUCUCUACGGUUCUUGUUUUGAGCACGAAACUGUUUAAAAUGGUAAUGAGAGGCUGAAAUGGAUUCUCUGUGGGGAUUAAAGUGAAAUGGAGUGCUUUCCUUGAGCUUCAUGCCAACUUUAAGAGUGUUUUUUUCGAGAAGAAGUAUAGGACUAAUAUAAUCAACCCACUUCUCACUUUGUAUGGAUGAUUUAGAAAUGAUGCAGCUUUUUCACAUAUCACAGCUCAAGAGCUGAUUUCAGAGGGAUUGCUUUGGUUACCUAUGGACCACUUGAUCCUUCAUUCACAUCAUCAUAAUACCAUUCCCAACUCGUACAUUGUGAAGUUCAUCACCUGGUUUCUCCGAAAAUGAGAUGAAUAGACAAUAGUCGAAUACUAGCUCUCGAGCUGUGAUAUGUGAUGUUAUGUAUGAUAUAAGCUCGUUCGCUGUACGUAUGUUAUGUUCAAUUCAAACUUUAUCGACUCAUCCAGAGUUCCCGAAAUGCAGGUUCCUUUAUACGUGGCCACAAAGAUGGCAUCGAUAAAGAGGUCCUCAUUCUUCAUUCCUUCGAACGAAGGUUACGCCAAGGCUGGACUGCGCUGGAUAGGGUACGAGCCUCGUUGCACGCCUUACUGGCCUCACUCGUUUCUCUGGGCUCUGAUAGGCGCCCUCCCAGAGUCAGCCGUGGAUGCGUGGAGGCUGAAAUUCUGCAUGGGGAUCCGCAAGAGAGGCCAGAAGAAAGACGCCAUGAAGAAAGACGAGUAAAGGAAGCCAUCUUUGCC